AUGGAUGAGAACGAGUACUUGCAGCCAGAUUUUGAUCCGGCAUCUUAUAAAAUACCACAAUUAAGAAAUGUCCUUUUACAAAAUGAUGUGUCCUAUCCAAACGGUGCCAAAAAGAAAGAUUUAGUGGAAUUAUUCAACACUCAUAUCAAACCUACAGCUGAAGGUAGAUUGAAGGAGCUUCAAGGUGUUGUUGCUAAUGAUGAAGGUAUUGUUUAUGUUGAGAAAAAAUCCAAGAAAUCCAAAGAUACAGAACAAAAUUCUUCGUCAACCCUAAAAGUGGAAAAGACAAGAAAAAACCCUUCAAAGAAAGCCAAAGAAACAGAAGAGCCAGAGGUUAGAAGAUCACCAAGAAAAACUAGCAAAUCAACUAUGCUUGAGCAACUAGAAGCUGAUGAUUCUGAUGAUGAUAUUCAAAUUAUUGAUGAAUCACAAGUCUCCCCAAGAAAAGCAAGAGGUUCAGCAAGAAAUGCUAGUGGUGAUUUAGGCAAAAUCCCUGUCUUGAAGAAGUCACCUCCAAGAACUAGAGAAAGAUCACCAAGAAGAAAGGCCUCUGGAAAUGCCAAAAGUGAAGAACCUGAACAAAGUGAGGAAUUCAAACCAAGAGAAAGAUCACCAAGAAGAAAAGUCUCAGAUAAAAAAGACUCCAAAACAACUAGAGAAAGAUCUCCAGCUAAAAAGGUCAAGGAAGAAACCAAAGCGGAACCAAAGCCUAAGAAGGAAACUAAGAAGAAGUCGAAAGCAAAAGAGGAACCAAAGCCAGAGGAUCGCGCUGGUGAUGAAAGUGAUGAUGCUGAUCUUGAACAAGUUACCCAACAAGAAUUCGAGCAAGCUUCACCAUACAAGUUUGGUUCCAAGUUUGAGUCUUCUUUUUCAAAAGAUAAUGUGUUCCAAUCUCCAGGUCACUCAUCUCCAGAUGUUAAACCUAAAAAGACAAUUCCAAGAAAGCGUGCUUCUGAAAAUACUUCCAAAUCACCAAGAAAAUCCACUAAAUCUAUUAGAAAGACUGCUUUUUCAUCUUCUCCGGAACCUGCUCAAAAUAUCAAAUCACCAGCUAAAAAAGCACUGGAAAUCUCCAAAUUUGAAACUUCUUCUCCUCCUUCAAACUUUGUGAAAAAUGAUAUUGCUGAAGGUGAUAUUUUUGAAUCUGAAGAAUUUUCAAAACAACCUUUCAAAUUUGAAAAUGUGACUGAAAAGAUUCCAAGCUCUAUCAAAAAGCCAACUAUCAAUAAAAAUGAUAAGUUUGAAACUCCAAACGAUGGAAAUGCAAGCAAAAUUUCAAAUUUGAGCUCAGCUUCCUCGACACCCUCAAAGUCUGGUAUCAAAAGAAAAUCACUUUUACCAGAUUUUUCCAAGUUCAAAGUUAGUCGCGAGUUUGCUAAAACUUUAGGUAUCACUGUCCAAGGAGAGCCAGAACAAGAAUCAAAUGAACAAGAUUCCAAUAAGGAUGAAGAUCCAGAACUCAUCGAUAUUGCAGGUGAUGAUGAAGAUGAAGAUGAAGAAGACAGUGAUGAACCAGAACAAACUGCUAAUGAUGAUUCUGUUUUGCGUAAUUUACAAGAGGAAAUUGAUUCUGCUAAUUCUGUGGUCCAAAAAGAAGCUGAUGAUGCCAUCAAACAAGUUAAUGAUAUCUUCAAUGAGGAUAAAGAUACUGAAAAUGUUUCUUCAAAUGAUAAGUCUGAAAAGUCCACACCAAAAAAUAAAUCAGGAUUCAAAUUCUCAGCUGUUUUUGGCUUUUUUAAACAACUAUUUGUUUUCUUCUUUUUCGUGUUCAUCGUUAUAUUUGGUCUUUGGUAUCGUGAACAAAGAAUCUUGAUUGGUUAUUGUGGUAAUGAAAUUGACCAACCAACUUUUCCAAAUGCUCAAAAUGAAUAUUUAAUCAGAUUUGAUGAAUUUUUACAAACUUUGAAACCAAAAUGUCUUGAAGCUCCAGAAAACGCUAUCACCCUUCCAAACUUGAAAAUCAAGUGUAGACCAGAUUAUGUUGUGUAUGAACCAUGGUAUAAAGUUCAUGGUUUCUUCCCAUUUAGUGAUUAUUGUGUCAAAGAUGAAGAAAAGGAAAACAUCAUCAAAGAAGUUGUAUCAAAGAGUUUGGAAUUGUUAAGAACAAAGAAUGCGGAAACUAAAUGUGGUGACGGUGAUGAUUUUGAAGUUGGUAUUUCUGAUGAAGAGUUAUAUGAAUUCUUUUUUGAAUCUAAAUCAUCUACAAUAAGUGAUGACGAAUUUGAUGAGCUAUGGUCCAGAGUCCUUGUUGACUUGAAAAAUGAACCUGAAAUUACUUUACGUUAUACCAGAGAUAACGAUACAGGAUCAACCAAAGACGACCUAUCCUCCGAUGAAGAUGAAGAGGAGACAUAUCUUCCAAAAGAACAGACGAUUUUUAGAUCCAAUUCGAAAGUGAAGUUAAGUAUAAGAUGUAAAUUUCAAAAAGAAGUUCAUGAAAACUUCGAAAGAAAUAAAAAAGUUUUAAUUGGGAGUUCAUUGAUUUUAUUUACCGUUUUAUUUUUAUACCAAAAAAUUGUUUCAUAUCAAAAAAGACAAUCAAAAAUUAAAGAAAUUUCAGACAUUAUUAUAAUCAAAUUACAAAAACAACAAAAAAAUGCAAUUAGUGAUUCAACAGGUUUAACAAAUAGAUAUGUUAGUAAUAUUCAAUUACGUGAUGAACUUUUAUCAAAUUUAAAGAAUUCAGAAAAAUAUGAAAUUUGGGAAUCAAUUUUGAAUAAUCUGGAGAAAAAUUCUAAUGUUAGAGGUUCCACAAGAGAAAUUCAUGGUGAUAUUGUUAAAGUUUAUGAGUGGAUUGGAGAAUGA